CUCUGAGAUAGGACAUCUAUCUUGUAAUACCUAUUAAGAGGAUGAAGUGGUCAUACAACAGCUCCAAUUUUCCAAAAGAGUGAAUGCAGGACAUAUGAUGGCCUGGAUAAACGCAACGAUCACACAAUGACUCUUAUGGAACAUUAUGAUGCUCUUGAAAAAAGAAAAUCCACACUGACUGAGCGCAAAAGAAUCCUCGAUGGCAAGCUGGCUCAUCUAGAAUAUCAGAAUGUCAAGAUGGAAACUGAGAAAAAAGACUUGAGGGCCCAACUUGAGGAUAGUCAAGAAAACGAGAUCACACCAACAGAGCAGAAGGAUUUCCACAAUGAAGAGUUGACUCGACUCAAUUCUCGGACUGUCACGAUGGAGACAGAAGAUGCAGACCUGACAGCAGAACUCAACAAUCAGAGCAAGGUAACACAAAAUAAACAGAAUGAGCCCUUCAACCGUAAGAUGACACGGUUUAAAAUUUGGAGUGUGAAUAUGGAGACUGACAAUGAAAAGUUUAGGAAACAAGUUGAAGUCCUUGAAGAAAACAAGGCCUCAUUUAUGCAACGAAAUGUGCUCCUCUGUGAAAAGCUGGCUCAUCUUGAAUCCUGGAGUGUGAAAAUAGAGACACAUUUGAGAAUGCAAAUAAAAUUUCUUCAAGAAAACGAAGACACUCUGAUUAAACAGAAUGAGUCCCUCAAUAAUGAGGUGGCUGAGCUUGAAAGGUGGGGUGGAAUGAUAGAGAAGCAAAAUGAAAACCUUCAGGCACGGGUAAAGGUUCUGAAAGAAAAUGAGAAUAUCAUGAAUGAGAUGAUUGAGACCAUAAUGGCGAAUUUGACCCAUGUUGAAACUCAGAGGAGAAAAGAUCAAGCUGAUAUGUACUGUAUGAGGACAAAACUACAGACAGUAAGGUGUCAAUUGCAAGACCAGGAUGAACUAUUAAGCAGGGUAGAUCAGGCUGAAUUUCGUCUGGAGCAGGCAUGUGCAGAAAAUGAACGUUUAAGCAACAAACUGCGUGAACUUCAGGACGAGUAUAACUAUUUGAAAAAACAGAAUGACGUAAUUCGAGAAGAGCUAGGAGAACAUAAAUCUGUCCGUGACCAACAGUCAGAACAGAUUGCCCAAUUCAAGGUAGCAGUAAAAGACCAUCAAUUUGUCAGCUACAGUAAAGAUGAGUUGUUAGCAGAGAAAAAGAGGGAAAUAACUUGUCAAAAUGAAGUGAUGGAGGAGCUAAACUCUCUUGUUAUCAGUUUGAAACAAACAAUACAUAAUCUUCAGAGCCAGCUGGACCUCAAGCAGAUGGAGAAAAUAUUACUUGCGGAGACAGCACACGAGGAGGAGCGUGUCAGUGAAAAUCAGUUGGAUUUGAAGACAGAGAGGAAGGACAUGAGGGCGGAAAUGAAAGCACCUCUUCAAAACCAUCACCCCUUGUUUGAGCAGAAAAGGCUUUUAAAGAAUACCUUGACUUUGUGUGACUCCCCAAGUUUGAAAAUGGAAACAGAAAAUGAAGAAUUGAGGACACAAAUUAAGGAGCUUCAAGAAAACCAGGUCAGAAUGACUGGGAUGAACAGUGAGCUUAAAGAAAAUCUCUCUCAUCCUGAAUCUAGGUGUGCAAAGAUGGAGACAAAAAGUGAACAUUUAAAGGCACAAAUUGAGUAUCGUGAAGAAAAUGAGAACAUCUGUGAUGAGAAGACAGAGACCAUCAUUUCUGAUUCGUGCCAAUUUGAAUCUCAUAUUGACAUGGAUGAUAAUGAAAUCCCUCAACCGAAAACAGACACACACACAUUUUUGUUUCACUUGCAAGAUCAGGGUGAUCUGAAGGAAUGCAUAGAUAAUGUGCAAACUGUCGCGGAGGCGGGAGAGCAUGAAAUGUUGAGGAACAGCCUGCAUGACAUUCAUGAAAAGGAUAACAUUUCUAAAAUGAAUGAGCUAGUUAGUGUAGAACUAGGAGACCAUAAAUCUGUUGGAGAGCCGCAGAGCAAAAAUAUUACACCCCUGAAAACUGCAUUCAACAAACACAAGUUUCAAAUGGAAGAAUCUGGAAUUCUCCUCCUCUAUAUUAAAGAUGACUUGUUAUCAAUGAAAACCAAAGAACUAUAUCAUGGCGACAAAUAUGGAGAUGACCCUCUAUUUACCACUUUGGGACAAUCAAUUAUUAACUUUCAACGCAAGUUAAAACGCAUGGAAGAAAUAUUAACUGCAGAUAACAGUUAGCAGCAACAACCUGUAGACAGCAUGAAGACAAGCAUUUUGCUGUGGUCAUCCUGGACCACCGCUGCAAGGAUUCACCAAAAGAACUUGUGAAUGCUGCCAACAGUUUCCUGGAAUUUGGCACCUAUUAAGAAUAUGCUAUGAUUUAUACAUGGCUCACAAGUGUUUUGCGUUGCCGAUUUGUUUGUCCUUAUAUUUUAUAUAAGACACAUCUCUUUUCCAAGAAAUAUCUAUCAAGUCUAAUAUUUAUUGCAAUCCAAAUAUUUGGUCUUAGUCAACAAAGGUUGAGUUUUUGUUUUUUUUCCCCAGUGGUAUUCCGAUCAUAAUCAUUCUCCAAACCUUCAAGGAUGGUACAUGUUGAUACUGAGUGACACAGGAUGGUCAUAGUAGUUAAAACACCCAAUUGUUUUGUUUUUUUUAAAUCCUUGAACUUUUAGGGAUUUUUUUCUAUAGCAAAGCAAGAGCUCUCUUGAUUUAAAAGAAUAUAUGGAGAUAACCAAUAUGGUGGUUCGGUUUAAAAAAAUAAUCAGCACAGUUUUUAAUAACACUGGCAGUGGUGUUCUUUUCCCCCCAUAUAGAUAUAAUCUGUUUAGUCACAGAUGACCCACUUGUCAGCCCUGUCGUGUGGCACAGUUUUUCAGUUUACCGUGUUGCUACUGUAUGGGGAUAACUGCAAAGAGGAUCAACAAUCCUCCUAAGACCAGAGUGAGCUGACCACCGGCAAGAACCCUGGUGAAAAUGACGCUUGCCUUUACGUGCACACAGCAAAAUAGUUUACUACACAGAGGUACUGAUAAUACAUCUGUUUACUUUUUGAGAGAUGGCUUGAGUUGGAGUAUUUUAUACUUCUAGAGGGUAGAUUGUCGAGGCCUUUUUAUAUUGAUAUAGUUGUAAAUUGCCAUAUUUAUCAAUUUACGCAGAGUGAGAAUUUCAAUUAAAUUUAUAAUAAAUCUGUGGAAUAAAUUUAGUUAUAUUAUUAUAAUAUUAUCCAACCCUAAUUCCAAUGAAGUUGGGACGUUGUACUAAACAUAAAUAAAAACAAUACAAUGAUUUGCAAAUCAUGUUCAACCUAUAUUUAAUUGAUAACACUACAAAGACAAGAUAUUUAAUGUUCAAAUUGAUAAACAUUAUUGUUUUUAGCAAAUAAUCAUUAACUUGGAAUUUUAUGGCUGCAACACAAUUCCAAAAAAGCUGGGACAGAGUCAUGUUUAGCACUGUUACACAUCGCCUUUUCUUUUAACAACAUUCAAUAAACGUUUGGGAACUGAGGACACUAAUUGUUGAAGCUUUGUCGGCGGAAUUCUUUCCCAUUCUCGCUUGAUGUACAGCUUCAGCUGUUCAACAGUCCGGGGUCUCCGUUGUCGUAUUUUACGCUUCAUAAUGCGCCACACAUUUUCAAUGGGAGACAGGUCUGGACCGCAGGCAGGCCAGUCUAGUACCCGCACUCUUUUACAACGAAGCCACGCUGUUGGAACACGUGUAGAAUGUGGUUUGGCAUUGUCUUGCUGAAAUAAGCAGGGGCAAGCAAUCAUGGCACCCACCUGUUCCCAAUUAGCCUGUUCACCUGUGGGACGUUCCAAACAGGUGUUUGAUGAGCAUUCCUCAACUUUCUCAGUCUUCUUUGCCACCUGUCCCAGCUUUUUUGGAACGUGUUGCAGCCAUAAAAUUCUAAGUUAAUGAUUAUUUGCUAAAAACUAACGUUUAUCAGUUUGAACAUUAAAUAUCUUGUAUUUGUAGUGUAUUCAAUUAAAAUAUAGGUUGAACAUGAUUUGCAAAUCAUUGUAAUCUGUUUUUAUUCAUGUUUAACACAAUGUCCCAACUUCAUUGGAAUUGGGGUUGUAUUAUAAUAGAAGAUUUGGAAUAUUUAUACUUGCAGUGUAACAUUGGCCAACAGUUUUUCAUCACACCUUAAACAUGGAAACAACCAAGACUGGUUCAUCCAGUUUUUCAGUAGGAACUCAUUAUGCCACCUGAAAUGUGAAGAAAGAUAUUUUGACAUUACUGUAUUUGUUUCUCACGCACUGUGUAUUGUACUGUGUUGAUCUCUGUCCAGUGCAUCAGAUUCCAAAUGAGUUCCUCAAGGUGCAAUCCAUACAGUCUGUAUGCUACUAUUGUGUUAAGGGAACAAAAGCAAUACUUUUGAUGGCACCAGCCCAGCAAUGAUGAUCUGCGUCAAACCUCAGCAAAAUCAAGUUUUAGAGGGGGGACGUACAUAACAUUUAAGACUAAAAUGUUUUUGGUUGUUUAUAGGGACAAGGAACAUACAUAAAUGCAUCACUAAAUGAGUUGUUCUCUCUACCCUUAUGAACGCUUUAAAAAGUCUCAUGGGCAAGCAAAGUAGAUUGUCGAUUCAGAUGCUCUUGAGGAUGAAUGGCUAACCCACAAAUACAUCAUGAUUUUUGCUUGGAUGCAGUUUGUUUCGAUAAGAGUGCAUUUUAGUCAGUCUUUUUACGGAUUUUAACAAGGACAUGGGAAACACCGACCGACUCAACUGUGGAGGAUCUACAAACUUGAGAGUCAUCAGAUUCAUGACCGAGUGCCCAUCUGGACAUCUUUCGUUCUAUUGAGUUUUUGGCCUGAGGAACCUGUUUGAGACGUCAAAUGCCUAUGUCAAGGCUAUGUUCACGACAUUUGAUUUGAAUAAUGUAAGAGAAUGUAUUAAUUAUGCCUAAAUAUUCUAUAUGUAUGCUAUUGUCACUGUCGUCAUCGUAAGUGAAGUUUUAAACAAGUAUUUUAUUGUUGGUAACAUUCAUAUUAGACUUCUACUCAUACUUGCGUGAGAUCUGUAUACACAUGUUCAUUAGUCUGCAUGCAGGUGUCCCUAAUGCACUGUUUCACAUGACUUAUGGCUGUAAUUUUUCAGAGAGCUCAGUGAACAUAAGGUAUGAAUUCACUUGCAAGUUGUAUUUGCAAGCUUAGGAAUUGGGAAUGACAUCCUCUCAAUUGACAAAUGUAUUUAUAUUUGUUUGAUGUACAGUGCCACCAGAAAGUAUUCGCACCCAUCCAUGUUUUCCACAUUUUGCUAUGUUAGAUUUAUUCUAAAGCUUAUUUGCGUCUUUUAAAAAAAAAUCUACAUAAAAUAUUCCAUAAUGACAAAGCAAAAAGUAAUUUUCAGACAUUUGUGUACAUUUAUUUAAAAAAUUAAACAUUCAGUUAUAAUAGGUCCAUAAUUAUUCACAACCUUUGCUAUGAGACUUAAACUCAAGGCGCAUCUGAUUUCCACUCAUCAUCCUUGAGAUGCUUCUACAACUUUGAGUCCACCUGUGGUAAAUUCAGUUGAACAUAAUUUGGAAUGGCACACGCCUGUCUUAAAGGUCUUAUAGUUGCAAGCGCAUAUCGGAGCAGAAACUCUGCAAUGACGUCUUAAGGAAUUGUCCGCAGACCUCCGAGACCAGAUUGCGUAAAGGCACAAACCUUGGGAAGGAUACAAAAGAAUUUCAGCAGCAUUGAAGGUCCCGAGAAGCAAUGUGGUCUCGAUUAUUCGGAAAUGGAAGAAGUUUGGAACCACCAGGACGCUUCCUAGAUCGGGAAAGAAGGGGCUUGGUGUGUGUGGUGAACAAGAACCCUGUGGGCACUAAGGCCCACAUCCAGAAAUGAGAACCAUCCAGAAGGUCAACCAUUGCUAACGCACUCCACCAAUCAGGCCUUUAUGGUAAGAAUGGCCAGACGGAAGCCAAUUCUCAGCAGCCCGCUUGGAGUUUGCCUAAAGGCACCUUAAGGAUUCCCAGACAUCCAGAAAAAAUUCUCUCGUCUGAUGAAACCAAAAUAGAAAUUAUGGGCCUGAAUUGCAAGCAUAUCUGGAGAAUAGAGGCACUGCUCAUCACCUGGCUAACUAUCAUCCCUACUGUGAAGCAUGGAGGCAGCAGCAUGCCGUGGGGCUAUUCUGCAGCAGGAACUGAGCGACUAGUCCGCAGAGAGGCUAAGAUGACAGCUGACAAAGAGAAAUUCGAGAACUUGCUCCAGAGUGCUCUUGACAUGGCAAUGACCUGAACCAUACGGCCAACGUAAAGGUAUAGCUUCAGGAGCAGCCUGUGAAUGGCCUUGAGUGGUCCAGCCAGAGCCCGGACUUAAAUCCAUCCAACAUCUCUAGAAAGACCUAAAAACUGCUGUCCACCGAUGCUGCCCAUCCAACCUGACUGACCUCAAGAGGAUCUGCAGAGAAGAAUGGGAGAAAAUACCCCAAAACAGGUGCGCCGAGCUCGUAGAGACAUACCUAAGACGACGUUGAGGCCGUGAUUGCUGCCAAAGUGGCUUCAACAAUAUAUUAAUGGUUACAAUCAAUGAAUGGUUACAAUUUCAAUAAAUUUGCACAAGUGUCUGACAAUGUGUCAGUAUGGGAUAUUUUAUGUAGAUUUAAAAAAAAAAAAAAAACUACUCCAAUCAGCUUGAAAAUG